AUGGUUUUUAAAGACGAGAGCAGCGACGAGAACUCAAGCCUCCCGUACAUGCAUUCUGAAACCUCCACCGAUGGGCUCAAUCAGGAAGGUCAGAAUUGUGGGUUUGUUCAGUGGGUUGAUGAGCAGUGGCCCCCAACAAUGGAGAAUGCAUUGCUGAAGCUUUGGUCAAUGGUUGAAGAGAGCAAGUCUGCUAGGGUGGAUGAUAAUCUUCAAAGUUCUUUAACUAUUCACCAUUUGACAGAAGAAAAUAAGAAGCUGGAUGCACAAUAUGACAAGUUAGUGAAAGAUGUGCAUCAACUUGUGGACUUUCAGCAGGAUAGGGUUGUGGAUUUCAGUUAUCUGCAGUCAGCUGUCACAUAUCAGCACCAAUGCAGAGCUGAAUUGGUGGCUGGUAUGAAUGCAAAAAUGGCAAAGAAAGAUGCAGCUCUAGAGAAGCUUCAACGGAAGUUUGAAAUCCUGUGCAACCUGACAAGUGCUCAAGCAACUGCCAUUCAAAACCUCAAGUUGAAGAAUAUGAAAGAGAAGCAAUUGAGGAUUGAGGCUCAAGAGAAUUUGAAGCUGAAGAAUGCAGAGUUCACAAAGUUUGAGGAGAAGCUCACCCAAAAGAAGCUAGAGUUGAAGUUCCAGGUUGCUGAUCUGCUGAAGCUUAAGGAAAACCAUAAAGAAGAGAAGCAGAUGCAAGAGUUUAAGAUUACUGAGCUCAUGAAGGCAGAGGAGAAGCUGAAGGAGAAGAUCAAGGGGAUCCAGGCCAUCUUGGAGAACUGA